AUGGCGACACCAACGCAUGUCUAUCCAGGCGUGAAUCUCCCUUUGCGAGACAUGCCUAAGAGGUCAUUCAAUCGUAAAGAUGAGUAUUUGUUCUACCCCAUUGGGUUUCCUGAAUACAAAAGGAGUCAAUCUCAGGUGAUGCCGGUGAAAGAGGUUGCGAUGAUGAUUCUCAUGGAUACCUUGACGGAUAAGCCAGAUUGGCAUAAAAAGGUGUUUGACGAGACAAUUGUUAAGAAGUGGAGAAAUGAAGCGCGCCAGCAGAGUGAGGAUGGAUUGUAUGCGAGGAUCAUGCAGGAUAAGCUGGAGAAGGGUCCUCGUAAGCCUCGGGAUAGGAUCAUUACUGAUACGGCGUUCGACUACUGCAUUAAGGAGCUGCGUGGAAAGGCAAGGUACUUCGAGAAGUUUGGUCUCAUCCCUACUCUUGAUGGACCCGGCAACACGAUCAUCAAAUCAGACUCGUUCAUCGACGAGAGUCUUCACCGUGAUCUCAACAGAGCGUGCUACACGCUUUUGAAGGAUCAAGAAGGCAACGCCGAUUGGCACCCGCGAAGUAACGACAUGGUUCAAAACCUUAUCCAUCCUUCCAUGCACAGUUUCGUCUACGAUCGUUCACCGUUCAUCCAACACGAAGUCGUCGGCGUAUCGAACGCACUUGACUUCAUGGGCGAAGGUAAGCCCGUGCGAGGUCAGCCCCCUGUGGUCCGACAGAAUUUAUUCGAGCAUGUGUGGGAGCCAGAAUUUGCCAUUGGUUCAGGAAAGAUUGGCUCAGAGUACUGGUCCAAUAAAUACCAGUGGUUGCCCGCCAACGUUAGAUUUCGCGAAGAUGGCAGCGCUGAGUUUACAAGCUACGUAAACAAUCUUCACCCAACAAGAUUUCCUGAAGUCUACAGGACCAUCGAGAGGUUGGUUGAUGGGGCGAUCCCUGCUUGGGAUCAUUGUCUGCGAGAGGUUAGUCGUUUCAACGACGGGACCUUUGCGGGGAGGAACAAGUCACGCUUUGAACGGAUCAACGAAGCAUCUGACGAAAAUGGCGACUUAUGGACGCCAGAGUUCAAUGUGAAAGAAUUCUUUCAUAAAGACGUCGAGCUCACGCAUCAAGAACUUCGUGACAAGGAAGAAGAGUGUUACCAUGAAUCAGAGGACCCAGUCGAAUUCGACGAAGAUGAGGAUCAGCGCAGAAUGAACGAGGGCCUCCCUCCUCUUACACCCAAUGUCGAUGAUGAGACCAUGGCAGAAGUUAAAUGGCUCAAGUACCGCGACACCAUCCUUCCCGACCCAAAACCCUUUGAAGAAGUUGACUACGCGCCAAAGCAGAGCUUACGAGAAAAGUUCAAGAAAGAUGGUUUGCAAAUCAUUGUCAAGAUGGCGAGUAUUGAACUCACGCCUGAGAAGCCAGAGUUCCCCGCUGGAAGUUGGCAUCUCGAAGGUCAGAUGAAUGAGAAGAUUGCCGCCACUGCGCUGUACUACUUUGACAGUGAAAACGUGGUGCCAAGCCGUUUAUCGUUCCGCAUGCAGACGAGCUCACAUCUGAAUGAUGAGAUCAAGGCUGGCCAGGAUCGCUACAACUACCUUGAAAGGGUGUUUGGGACAUGUCUUGGAAUGCAAGGCGGAUUAGCGAGAUCUUGUGUUCAGAGCUACGGUGACGUUGACACGCCAGAGGGUCGACUCCUCGCUUUCCCUAACGUCUUUCAACACCGCGUGUCUUCUUUCAAGCUCCAAGAUCCGACAAAGCCGGGACACCGACGCUUCAUGGCUCUUUGGCUGGUUGAUCCGCACCGCCGAAUCCUUUCGACGGCGAAUGUGCCGCCUCAACAAAAGGAUUGGUGGACUGGAAGCGGCGAAGUGCCUAGUGGCCUUAUGGAUAUUGAGGAAGCGCGGGCGCAUCGGCUUAAGUUGAUGGGUGAGCGGACUGCGGAGAAGGUGAGGGCUCACUGGGAUUCCAUUGACUAUAACUUCUGUGAGCAUUGA